AUGGACCUGUUUGUUUAUUAACCUUUUAAAGUUAAUUGUUUUAAGGAUGACACUUUAGUGAAACUUAAAUUCUUUACCUUAUUUUCAUUUUAUAGCUAAAAUUAUUCUGAUUUAUAUUUUUUACUCCGUUAAGACUGGUUUAAAUCAAUAAAUUCUUAAUUAUGUUUUUUAAAAUAACUUUCAGGAAGAUGUUCAUCUAUAUGUACCAAUCUCUUACUUUAGUUGAUGUGUGUAGAUUAUAAUUUGUUAGUACUUUAUAUUUAUUUACUAUUAGAUUGGUUAUAAAUACUAGUUUAAACUACUCUUUCAGAGAGGUUUUUUUAUGUACCUGCUUUUUAACAUCGCUCAUCGUUUUCAGAGUUAACUCUUGAGUCUAUUUUCAGCACUACCUCUUUGAAAUCAUCAUCAGCUGUUGUUUAGAAUUUCCUUCUUUCAGCGCCUUCAAUUAACGUGUUGUCUUAGAUGCUCUCGAAUUCACUAUUUUAAUACUCAAAAGUGUGA